AUGGCGGAACAGACGGCACCGGUCCAGGCUGACUACGAUGUGGUGAUUGUGGGUGCCGGAGUGUCCGGACUGGCCACCGCGCACGAGCUGCGCAAACGAGCUCCGGAUCUGAAAGUGCUGAUCGUCGAAGCGAAGAACCGCGUCGGCGGCCGAACCCUGACUGUCGACCUGAAGGGACGCACCGAUAAGCCGGAGAAAUUCGAUCUUGGAGGACAAUGGGUCGGCAAAACCCAGUCGCACAUCCUGGAGAUCAUGAAGGAACUGAGGAUCCAAACCUAUGAUCAAUACACCGACGGCAUCAAGCUCGCCCAAAUGGGUGAUGUCAACGAGCUGCGCCCUUAUGUGUCGGCACUGUCUGAGAAGAACCUUCGCCAUUACACGGAGGUUGAGCUCCUCGACUUCUUCACCAACAACAACAAGCUGAAGGCGCUGUGCGACAAGCUAGACUUAAUUGAGAUCUUUGACAGUCAGGAUGCCGCCGAUCUCGACCAGAUGACCGUAUCCCAAUGGACCAAAGACAACUGCCAAACGGAUACUGUAGAAGAUGUGAUGGAGCUCGGCUCACGUAUCGUAUAUGGGGUCCCAUUCACCCGGAUGUCUAUGCUGUACCAUCUGUUCUUCUCCAAAUCGGCUGGUGGCUACCAAAAUCUGGUAGAAUCGAUUGGAGAUGGAGCCCAGGCGAUCAGGCUGCAUGGAGGAACCCAGCAAAUCUCUGAGAAGCUCGCACAGCCUUUCAUCGAAAGAGAACAGCUGAAAUUCAAUACGGCUGUCAACAGAAUCGAUGUCGACACCAAGACUGGACUCGCCCAUGUCCGAAUGUAUGCCACCAAGAGCAAGGAGUCCGUCUUGAGAAUGCACGUCGUCAAGACUAAACGUGUUGUCAUGGCCAUCCCCCCAACUGAAUGCGGAAAGAUUCGCUGGGUCCCUGAAGUUCCAUUCAUCAAGCGACGCCUAUUCGACAACCUCUAUUUCGGAAACAUGAUCAAAUUUGUUGUCACCUACAAGCGCUCAUUUUGGCGUGAGAAGGGAUUCUCCGGUGAAGUAGUUUCAAUGGGCAGGACGACCGAGGAGGGAGAGAUGUUGCCGAUCGUGGAUGCAUAUGAUGGCUGCGCCCCCGGUGGCACCCCAGCCAUCGUCGGUUUCAUGCGUGAAGAAUAUGCCGAUCAUACAAAAGAAGAACGUUGCAAGGAAGCUGUUGACGACCUGGCCCGAAUUUUCGGCGAAGAAGCGAAAGACUUCAUCGAUUAUGACGAGAAAGUGUGGGGACAGGAACCUUUUAACGGUGGUUGCCCGGUAGCGUAUGUGCCUCCAGGCCAAAUGGAUGCUUUCGCUGCGAUUCGAGAACCCCAUCACAAUGUUCACUUCGCGGGAACCGAGUCGGCUACACACUGGAUGGGCUAUAUGAGCGGAGCUGUCCAAGCCGGAAGACGGGCUGCCCACGAGGUUUUGCAUAUGCUGGACCGCGAUGAUGUGGUGCAUUUCAGCUAUCUGGCCGAUUCCAUGUUCGGCCCGACCUUCCUCGAGAAGCAACAGAACGAGACCACCACUCAACCCAAAUCCAAAAUA